UAGAGCCUAUUACCAAAGCGCCAUAACUCACAAGGCUUAGAAAUGGAAGAGAGGAAAAAGAAGAACGACACGGAGGCGGCUGCCUCGCGCGCUGGCACGCGACAGAGGAGAACCUCUCUCGCACUUUCGAACACGCAGCUCAUCGUGGCGGACGCACUUGGAACGAUCGCAGAAAGGAACGGCAUCGUCCUGCUACCUGUCAUGGGGAUGGGUGUACCUGGCGGCAUCGAAAUUCACCGUCUCCUCCGAGGCUGCCUUUUAACCAUCUCGGAAGAGACGCCACGCCGCAAGAAGCCUUCCUCGAUUGCAGUCGCUGCAAUUCCUGAUGGGGCCAAGGAUGACGUGUCCUACGCCUUCCGUAACUCGACCAUCGAGGACGCCCUCCCAGACAAUUGGGACCUUGUGCUCAAGCCGUGGUCGAAGGUCGACGAACGCACUUGCGGCAGCCACACAGGACAAUCCAGGAGGCUGUUCCCGAGGGCCGAGUGGUACCCGCUCGUUGACAUGGGCGUCAAGGACAGCGUGGUUAAGACCACGCAACUACCGCGGACCGUGCAACGAGCCUGGCACCAGACGGUGGUAGCCUCGAGGUUCACCGUGCGCCUUCUAAUAUGCAGUGCGCGAGAUCGGAGUACGCGUGGAGCGGAAGCGGCCGCCACCGUGAGUGGCCAGUUCGUCGAGUGCGACCACGUGCCUUCCGCCGAGUACCGCCUCGGCGUCUUCGGCUGCAGGCUACGCAUCCACCCACGUGACACGCUGCCGUGCGCGUUGACAAUGCUGAAAUCCACCAUGGCUGAGAACGACGGCGACACGGACGGCGUGGCAACUCUGAGCAGCUGCAUUUGGAGGCUGCACGCGAGGUUCCUACGGCGGGGUGCGCCUGCAUUGGCGCACAAUGACGACAGGAGUCACGCGUCGUCUCGUGCAUCGCCACACGUGUGGCUGCCAUCUGCUCAGCUGCACCUCGUCACAGCUGCAACGGCACAACGGCGCCAAGUUCUGCACGGGGCCUUACCGCGACCUCACCUGCGCUUAUCUAAGCUGAGUCGCUGACCGUGCGUUCCCUCCUGACCACGUGACCGGCGAUUUCAAGGUGCACUUGGAUCGCUGGCACGAUGGCCACACCAGACGCAUGGGAGCUAACUGGGGUCUCCCCUACGUUCAAGCGCUGGCGUACCUGCGCAGGGUUUGGCGAGGACGCCUGCAGCAACCGCUGCGAGCUAGUCGCGGUGCCGCCGUCACCUUGACGAUUGUUCAGCUAUACUGUGGCGCCGUUUGCAGGGAGUGCAGGCCCUUUUCUUUCGUGAUUUUCUUUAUUUUUUCAAUGUAUCGGUGUGAAAGUAGUGUUCAUAUAUCUGUUUAAAAUAAAGUUUUUUGCGAUCGAAA